CUCGAUUUUGGACUGCAGUAUGGAAUGACAAAAUCGUGAGUUGUGCGCAUAUUUAAAACAAUUUUAAUGGCAUAGUUUUCGUAGUUUAUAUUUAUGUUUCUUAAAGAAAAUUGUUGGUUUUAAAGUUUGAGGCGCACGGAUCGAAAUAUUUAACUCAUAUUUUCUCUAUGAAAGUGACUGGAAUGAUAUUGGGAUACAAGUGUUAUGCGAAGCAUGUCGAGGAUUUUGCCCGACUGGUGUAUGCAAAGGUUCGUUUAUAUCCUGAAGGCAAAGAGGAACCAUAGAUAUCAAGAAAAUACUUAAAGUUUUACGUUCUGUACAAUUUUCUGAUUUUUUUUGUAUUCAUCAUGAAUGAACCAGCGGAGCCGCAGAUCAAGGACAUAGAAGCAUCCGUUCCAUCAGAUGAGGAGCGCGAUUUAGCAGCAAACGCUCUUUCUGAGUUUCAGAAAGGUGCUUAUGCUCUAUGUUUGACCUAUUUGAACAGAUUAGAAGCCUUGAGGCCAAAGGAUGUGAAGGUCAUGCAUAAUAAAGUAGUAGCUGAAUAUUAUAAAAGUGAUUUGAAAAAGACUGAACUUGUGAAAAAAAGUUUAAACGCAAUGUGUGGAGAAUUAAUAAGCACAGAUACGGCAGAUGCUGCGGAUGUUGUUGAAAAAUGUGUUAUGAGAUACAAUCAAGCUAUUUUACUGUAUCAUACGAGGCAAUAUAAUGCUGCACUUCAAAUAAUGAGUAGAUUAUUCUCUCUAAUCGAGCCGUUAGUUUCAGAAGAAAGUCUGGCUCAGAAAGUGUGCUUACUCCUCAUUGAAUUGUACAUCGCAACAGCACAAUCAGAUGCUGCCUUAACGUUAGUUAAUUACAUCGAGAGGCAAUUCUCGGUUUCAGAUUUGCCGAAAAUAUCGUCGACCGAUAAAGAAGGAUUAAUUAAGCCUGCGAGAGAAGAAAAAGAAAUAAAAACAGAUAGUUCUGAUAUUGCAACUGAUGCUUUUCGAAUGAGACUAGCUAAAUGUAAAAUAAGAAUAUACCUCAUAACACAUCAAUUAAAAUUAUGCAAAAAGGAAUGGAAAGCAUUCACGUCUAUGGGAACCAAUAUGAAUCUUGCCAAUAUCUAUUUGGCUGCCAAUGUUGAAUAUCUGCGCGGAAAGUGUAAAAAGGCAAUCACGCUUUUAAAUGCAUUUACUACUGAACAACGAGAAUUCAAAGCUUACGGCGAAUCUGCGGCUGUUUUAUAUUACAACAAUAUGGCAUCUAUACAUCAGGCGUUAGGUAAACCGAACUUAGCUUGCUUUUAUUUGCAAAAAGCUUUGGAGCAGAAUAAGAAGGCUACGGAAAACUUACAGAUAGACGAAAAAGAUACUUCAUCUUCUCAACCACUGUGUACACUUGGAGGAAAUAAACAUUAUGAGUUAGUAUAUAGUUUAGGAAUAUGUUAUUUGUACGCUGGACAACAUAUUAAAGCAUUUGACUGCUUAACGGAAGCAGCUCAAAUCUUACAAAACAGUCCUAGGCUUUGGUUAAGAAUGGCUGAAUGUUGUAUUUUUAACUACAAUCCGAAAAAUGAAUUAAACUUCAAUAUCUUAAAGCGGCGUCAGGAUGUGGUACAAAAAGUAGUCGUGUCAGAAUUCCACAAGAAAAUCAUUUUAUCUUCAUCAUUGUCCAAUAAUACGAAGUAUCAGAGUGAUAGUUUAUCGCACGCAAUACCUCAACCGACAUUAGAGUUUGGAAUGCUCUGUCUCAAGAAUGCUUUAUAUCUUUUAUCUAGUAAUGCGGAAUCGGUUCCUAGCCAGGUUAUAGCGGGUCAGCACGCUGUACGCUUUUCACAGAUAACCGCCAUUGAAACCUUAAACCUGAAAAUAAGUAUUUUAGCUGACAGUGCUUAUGUAUCAUUGUGCCUCGGAGAAUACUCUAUAGCACUGGAAUACGCUAAAAGCCUUUUAGCUCUUAAUAAUCUCCCAGGUGCAUAUACAAUGUUGGGAAAACUGUAUACUGCAGAAAGUCUAAUUUUUUUGGAUAAAAUUAACGAGGCCCUUGAUUAUCUGAGACCAGAAAUGCUUACCGAUCUUAUUACAUCUUUGCCCAUUCCCGAUACAUUGGAUAAAGAUAAAGAAAAAUCAGAGGAAAUUGAUAGAAAACCAAUAAAAGUUUGGUAUCCUACGAACAUUCUGACUGGAAAAGCCGUGUUACUUUACAAUAUGGCAGUGGCUUAUGCGAUCCGUGGACAACUUGAUAGAUCAGGAGAAAUAGUGGGACAGCUCUGGAAGUCCAAGGGUACAGAUUACGACAUUCCUAUUCACGUGAUUAUGCUAGCGUUAUACAUAGAAUUACAAUUAGGACGAACGGACAAAUGGAGAUCGAUUAUCAAGAGAAACUAUCCACAAUAUUUUUAAUGAUAUAAAUUGAAAACUUGUCAAAGUGUUUAAACUUCAUGUUAGAUAUCUUGGAUAACGAAUCAAUUUUUUCUUUAACAUACACACAGUACAUAUAUAUUAUCUCAAUACUUUAUUGAAAUUGUUAAAAGAAAUGAUCAUAAACGAUAUGCACAUAUACAUUAAUAAAGAAAAAUGAUUUCAGAUUUGUAUGUGUAAUCGUCCGCGAAGAAAGGGACCUAACGCACGGUAGCUUCAUUUUACAGGAGGGGCGAUUCAAGAGGCGGUUUAACAUAGGAACUCCAUAAUAGGGCCUCACUUUGCAGUUCAAUAAAAUAAAAUUUCGGUGUUUUUAGAUAUAGAAACAAUAUUUUUUAUCAUAAAAGGCAAAUAAAAUGCUAUCGAUAGGUGUAAACAACUAAAACUAGAUUUUUUCCACAUGACCAAAUAAAAAGCCCUCGAUGAUGUUAAAAAGGUCAUUUAUUAAAUUGACCAAAUUUCAUAAAAAAUGAAGAUAACACUAUUAUCACGGAUUUGUAUAGAAAGAAUACUAAUUAAG